CUCUCCGGCUCUCCCCGCCGCUCCGCCUCCGCCCGGAACUCCGCGACACGUUUUGCGUGCAGCCGCGGAGCACGGGUCCCUCCGGUAAUAGAAUAGCCGAUGAAAUUUGACACUUCAACUUACUGCGACUCUAUUCACCGACUCAGCCGCUGACGUGCAGCCCAUUCCCGGUCAGUGGCCGUGAGGGGGGACGAGAUUUAACCGACGCGAGAGGCGAACACUAACCGAGGACUUUCUCCGCGUGAGAACCGGGGCAGAAGACGUGAGGCGCUGGAGUGUUUCUCCUCCUGGUGCGUGGAUGGGUGGGGGGGUCUUUCGUGGUGAAGAAUCAAGGAUUGAAGUCAACAUAGAGCGCUCCAGUUUAAUGGCUGGCAGGUAGAGGCCAAAGAGGGACAAUCAUCAUGAACUCUAUUCCGUCGAUGGACAGACACAUACAGCAGACCAAUGACCGUCUGCUGUGUAUCAAACAGCACUUACAAAAUCCAGCAAAUUUCCAAACAGCAGCUACUGAGCUGCUGGACUGGUGCGGUGACCCUCGAGCCUUCCAGCGCCCCUUUGAGCAAAGCCUGAUGGGAUGCCUAACGGUGGUCAGCCGCGUAGCAGCGCAGCAGGGCUUCGACUUGGACCUGGGCUAUCGGCUCCUGGCUGUGUGCGCUGCCAACAGGGACAAGUUCACUCCAAAAUCAGCAGCUCUCCUGUCCUCGUGGUGUGAGGAACUUGGACGCCUCCUCCUCCUCCGUCACCAGAAGAACAGGCAGAACGAGCCUCCGGGAAAAGUGCCCAUGCAGCCCCCCAUGAGCUCCAUGAAGCCCGGCCUCUCGCAUGGAGAUGGGUCCUUUCCCUAUGACUCUGUUCCCUGGCAACAGAACUCCAAUCAGCCUCCGGGUUCGUUGUCUGUGGUGACCACCGUCUGGGGCGUGACCAACACCUCGCAGAGCCAGGGUUUGGGGAAUCCCAUGGCCAGCAACAACAAUCCAAUGAACCCUGGGGGCAACCCUAUGGGCUCGGGUAUGUCUGGUAACAAUCCGGGGAUGAACUCACCUCAGUUCCCAGGUCCUCAGCAGCAGUUCAACAACAAAGGCAACUCCAACCAGGGCUACAUACAGCAGGGCAUGUAUGGACGACCCAACUACCCCGGAGGAGGAGGCUUCAGUGGCAAUUACCCUGGAGGGCCCAAUGCUGGACCUGGUGGAAUGGGCAUCCCUCCACACUCCCGUCCUCCUUCAGACUUCACCCAGCCUGCCGCUGCAGCCGCCGCCGCUGCAGUAGCUGCAGCUGCCGCCACCGCAACAGCCACCGCAACGGCAACUGUAGCUGCCCUGCAGGAAACCCAGAACAAGGACAUGAACCAAUAUGGGCCGAUGAGUUCCUCUUUCCAGAUGGGACCAAACCAGGCAUACAACAGCCAGUUCAUGAACCAGCCAGGACCCCGUGGCCCUCCAUCCCUCCCUGGGAACAUGGGCACAGGCAUGAGUGCAUCCAACAUGAGUGGGUCCCCCAUGGGAAUGAGCCAGCCCAGGGUUCAAGGCGUGGGACCUUUUGGGGCCCACGGCCAAAGGAUGCCCCAGCAAGGUUAUGCAGGACCUCGGCCUCAGAGCAUGGGUAUGCAGGGCAUGAAAAGACCGUACCCAGGGGAGCCAAACUAUGGAGGACAGCAGUAUGGACCAAACAGCCAGUUCCCUAACCAGCAGGGGCAAUACCCCACACCCAAUGCCUCCAGGCCGCUGCCGUCCCCCAACUACCCCGGCCAAAGAAUGCCAGGACAGCAGCUACAGGGCCAAUACCCGCCACCCAGCGGUGCCAUGGGCCAGUACUAUAAGCAAGAGCCACCUUUUAAUGGCCAAACAAAUAACUUCUCUGGAAGUGGUUACCAGUACAGUCAGGCUAAUGUGAAUGGGCCACCCAGACCGGUGGGUAACUACCCCCACUCUCCAGUGCCAGGCAACCCCACCCCUCCAAUGACCCCAGGAAGUAACAUCCCUCCAUACCUGUCGCCAAACCAGGAUGUGAAGCCCCCCUUCCCUCCUGACAUCAAACCAAAUAUCUCCGCUCUCCCUCCACCCCCAGCCAACCACAAUGAGGAGCUGCGCCUGACGUUCCCUGUGCGAGAUGGUGUCGUCCUAGAGCCUUUCAGACUAGAGCAUAACCUGGCUGUCAGCAACCAUGUCUUCCACUUACGGCCGUCUGUAGCCCAAACGCUCAUGUGGAGAUCAGACCUGGAGCUGCAGUUCAAGUGCUAUCAUCACGAAGACCGUCAAAUGAAUACCAACUGGCCGGCAUCGGUCCAAGUCAGCGUCAACGCCACACCUCUCACCAUCGAGAGAGGCGACAAUAAGACCUCCCACAAACCCCUGCACUUGAAACAUGUAUGCCAUCCGGGGAGGAACACAAUCCAGAUCACAGUCACUGCCUGCUGCUGUUCGCACUUGUUUGUACUGCAGCUGGUCCACAGGCCCUCGGUUCGCUCUGUCCUCCAGGGCUUACUGAAGAAGAGGCUUCUGCCUGCAGAGCACUGCAUCACCAAAGUUAAGAGGAACUUCAGUAGUGUAGCAGCAUCAUCGGGCAAUGCCACGCUCAACGGUGAGGACGGCGUCGAGCAGACGGCGAUCAAGGUUUCCCUUAAAUGUCCGAUCACUUUCCGGCGAAUACAGCUUCCAGCGAGAGGCCACGACUGCAAACACAUUCAAUGUUUUGAUUUGGAAUCAUAUUUACAACUGAACUGUGAGCGGGGGACAUGGCGAUGUCCUGUAUGCAAUAAAACGGCGUUGUUAGAAGGACUUGAAGUGGACCAGUACAUGUGGGGAAUCUUGAACGCUAUACAAAACUCGGAGUUUGAAGAGGUGACCAUCGACCCGACAUGUAGUUGGCGGCCGGUGGCAAUCAAAUCUGACAUCCACAUCAAGGAGGAUCCAGACGGACCACUGGCCAAGAGGUUCAAGACGAUGAGUCCCAGCCAGAUGAUCAUGCCCAAUGUGAUGGAAAUGAUAGCGCAGCUCGGCCCCGGACCCUCGCCGUACCCAUCGCUUCCUUCUCAGCAAGGGGGCAACAACAGUGAAUAUGGCAGCCAAGGUAACAGUUACCAGGGGCACGGGAACUUUGACUUCCCUCACGGCGCCCCUGGUGGUACGUCGAUGAAUGACUUCAUGCACGGUCCUCAGCUGUCUCACCCGCCUGACAUGCCCAACAGCAUGAUGACCCAAGACAAGCCACUCACCCACAACAUGCCUGACUCGUUACCUCACUCUGCCGGCAACGACCAAUCACAUGGUCCAAUGCAGCAGAGCUUACAUGCGCCUCCACACCCUGGGAGCCAAUCAGGGCAGCAGCUACACCACAGCGGACCUCCGCUGCCCUCGCGACAAGCUCCGCCUCCUCAGCAGCAACAGCAGCAACAGCAGCAACCUGGCCCCAACAACCAUCCCCAUGGCGACCUGACCUUCAACCCCUCCAGCAGUUUGGACAGCCAAGCUGGGUCGGACAUGCCCGAACCAUCUUUAGACCUCCUCCCAGAACUCGCGAACCCAGAUGAGCUGUUGUCAUACCUGGAUCCCCCGGAUCUCCCCAGCAAUAGCAACGACGACCUUCUAUCGCUCUUUGAGAACAACUGAGGCGAUUCAGACACACAAAAACUCUUCUGACCGCCUGCAGUUUCCCUGAGAGCCCGGGGCGGUCGCUCAGUACUUGAUAAACACAAAGAUGCACUCCCUUUCUCUUCUUCCUCUUGUACAGUUUUCAUUCGCCAGCGCAGAUUUGACUGAAAGAGGUUCAAACUCAAAGACACAGCGGGAUGCUCACCCCGUGGCGACACCUUUUGAACUGUGCAGCUAUACUCAGUUGAUUUUUUUAACGCCACACACAGGUUGUAUGUGUGCACAUUAGAAACGUGCUGUAGCAUUUUUUAUUCAUGUUUUGUUUUCUUUUGAGAAGAAAAAGGAAUUAACUGUAAGGAAAAAACACAGAAAAAAAACCUGCGCUAUCUGGCCAGUGUGCGUUAUGUCCAUAUUGUUAUUCCAAUCUGAGAGGCCACAGCUUCCUGGUGUCACAGCUCCAUUCCCCGACUGGUCUGGUUAGUCGCACUGUUUCGUCCGCCACACAUCAUUUAAAAGCACAAGAGAUUUUGGCAAUGCAAAAAAAAAUUAUCAGUCUGUACAAAAGAAAAAAAAGAUCAGUUGGAUCUGUGUAAAUUUGUCUGUUUUUUAAAAAAGAAAACUUUUGCUCUUCUGCCAACAUUAAAAAAAAAAAGAUUUUGAGAACAAUCGGCUUCCACUUUGUCUACAAUUGUAAUACAUACAUAUUUUUGUCAAAAAGAGAUAUAUCCACACUUUUCAGUGUUAACAACUGGAACGGAGAAGAGUUUGGCCCCACUGAAACAAAAAAAAGGGUUUAUAUCAACAUACACAUACUUCUACAUAUUGUAUAGUCAUCCUCCUGUACAGAGGAGUGAUUUUUAAUGGAAAUGAAAGGUACAACAUGAGAGGUUGGGGUUCCUGUGACGAUCCUGCUGCGUUUACUGCUUCCUGUUAUCACUCCUUCCAUGCCCUUUGCUCUGCAUGAGCCCCAGUGUUGCUCGGGUCAGCGUUUUUGCAAAGUUGCAUCUCUUUCCCUGUUAAAUGAUGUGCUGUUUAAGUAUUCUACAAAAGUGCAUGUGUGCCAAGCCCUUGUCUAGUGCUGUUCCAAGUGGUUAAAAAAAAAAGAUAGUGUGGUUUUUAUCAGUUGCUGUUUCCACAACUCUUUUGUUUGUACGUUUGUUUUUGAUUUCUGUCAGAUUUAGUAUGAUUUAUUUAACACUAACACUGAAGGGAUAAUGCUGAUGUCAGCGAUACAUUUAUCAUGUGUUUGCUGGAUAUUCUGUAUUAUAUGUAUUUUUAAUUUUUUUUCCUUGUUUUUUUUGUCGCUGCAUAAUUAAAACUAUCCACAAAUCUUUUGGGAAACUGCUCAACAUCACCAAAGUUAGAGGGUUGAGAAUGGAGACGUUUGUGUUUGCUCGGUCCUGUGCAGGUCUGUGAGUGUGUGUGUGAGAGCGAGAGAGUGUGUCUGUGUGUGUGAGAGCGAGAGAGUGUGUCUGUGUGUGUGUGUGUUUGUGUGUGAUGGGAGGUAAUGUUGACUUCAAAGAUAUAGGAGAGGACAAAUACAGUUUAUCCAUCACUGCUGUUGAAGAGGUGGUUUUUAAAAGCAGUAUUGGCGCAGACCUUUCGCCACAUUUGUUUUCAUUUUCACUUUCUGAGAAGAGUGCUGUCCAGUAUGCAAAUGUAUUAUUUUUUAAGAAAUGCUAUUGUACUGUAAAUAUCAUUGUGAAUAUUUUUGUAUCAUCUUGAUAAUAUUUGUCCUUUUGAUCAUUAGUCGUCCAACGUAACCACAUAUGCUCCCAGACUCCCACCUGACCACUGACUUUUGUUUGUAACCAGCAUACGUCAGCUGUCUUGCCUCCUCGCCGUCGGGGGGGGAGGCCAGUCCAAACGUCUCAUAAGCUAUUUCCUGCGGGUCGUUGUGCGUUCUUGUCACUUUUCCUCCCAGUGCACUCUGUCUCGCACCCGUCUGAACACGGACAGGUGUCCCGUUCGUCUGCGGUCUCCUUCCCCGCAUCAGCCCAAGGUCACCGUGUCGCGUCACUUUAAUGUUUCACACGUCAACCUCUGUUUUGAAGCAAUAUUUUCUUCCACGCUCGGAUUUGUUUUAAUUGGAAAUCCUCAUGAAUUUUUACGUUGACAUCAGUGAAACGGCGCAGUAAUGGUUUCAAAAGAUGUGGUAUCAGCUGGCUUUCAGUGUAAUUAGUAAGCUAUGUGAAUAUCAUAAUUGUUGCUAAUUGUCAAUACACAGUGGUAUUUUAAAGAUAUAUCACAACCAUAUUUUAAAGAAAUUCAUCAUAUUGUUUAUAUUUUUGUUAUAGAAAGAUUUGGCUUUUUUAAAAGCAUGAGACCAUAUACAUUUUUAUCCCCUUUUUUUGUUUUUGGUAAAUUAUUUUAUACUAUUUUUCAUAUUAAUCUGUAAGGCUAGAAAUCCAAUUUCUUUCAACUGUAGCAUUGCGCUAAUUUAACUGCCCUGGUUUUGUCUAAACAUGAUUUUAAAUGUCAUUUAAGAAAUAUUAUUUGUUGAGUCGCACACAGACGUCAAAUCAAAAGUCUUGUAACAAUUCACUGCUACGUUUUUUUGUUUUGUUUUGUUUUUUUACUCUCUGAAUUGAAACUUUCCAUCCAUCCCACGGGAGCCAUUGUUUUGUUUGGAGCGAGCCAGUUCGGUGUAUUAGGCAGCACCCCAAAUCUGUAGUUGCACAAUCACAAUAAAGGGCCACUUUCUGGGGGAUGUUGUUUCGAAAACAGAAGAAAACACAGAAAAAAAAAUACAGAGAGGAAGGGCAUGUGCGUCGCUCUGGCCUGGAAAAGGUUGUUGAGGCCAAGGUGAAGUCACACGUCCCGCGAAUGCCUGUAUAUAUGUAAAUGACUAUAGAGACAUGUGAACAGAAAUGUAUUCAUUUUCCCUGGGAAUGUGCAUUGUUUCUUCAGAAUAAUAAAAAGCUUGCAACCCCCUCUACUGGAAGUGGCUGAAUAUGGAACUUGUUAGCUAGUGUCUGUGGGUUAUCUCAGCUUUUCUUUCCCCCUCUGUAAUAUACUUUCGCCUCUUUUGUUCGGGGAACCGCGACAGCUAUGUUUUACAUGUAAUAUUUAGCCUACGUGUUCUAGUCUUAUCACCUGCGUACUCUGAGGUGCUAAAGCUGAAAAAAAGACGCCGAAAAAAAA